CGGCGAGUCGCAGCUGCCCUCGCCGAGCCGCGCUGCCGAAGGAGGCGGAUGUCGUGGACAGUUUGGGCAAGCGAAGCCCAUUGGAUCACGUGGCGCCUGACAUCGCGACAGAAGUCCCAAGGAUGGCUCCCGCGUUUUCUAUCGGGGCACCGAUCGGCAGUACGCAGGUCUCGGCUAGAGCUUCGUUCGUGGGAAGCGUCGUGCAGUCGAGCACGCACGCGUGCACUUUUCCCAGGCGUCGAAAGCAAGGCGAGAGAACAACCGGAGCGUUACUGUAGGUCCCAGUCAGCGUGCGAGCGCGAUGACGCGUCGAGUGGCAUCCGACGACGGGCGCCGUCCGGGAGAGCCGACUAUUCCUGCUCUUUGACAGACCCCCCCACACGCUGCGGAGCGACCAAGCACGAGAGGCAAAGGCUAGCUGUUUGCUACGACAAUCAAGGGCCGGAUGAGUAGACCUAGCCCGAGCUCUCCGGGCAAUGUCGGUUUGAAUUUUCUAGAUGAAAAAGUGUCAGAGAAUUGACAAAGCUGUAACUGGAGCCGUCGCGUGAUUAUUUUCGUAACAGUAACCAUCGUAAAUUCUCGUUUUUAUUACGCAAGAACUUUUUCAACUUUCGUUCCCGUUUGAGGAAAGCUCUGAUGAUUAAUAAAAAAAAACUAAUGAUGCCUCGUACAACGUGGAAUCAGCUCGCUCCUACCGAGAUAUUCCACGAAAGCGCGCGCGAGCUUUUUGUUCAUUCUCGCCUCCUCGCAUGCAAAGCCGUUCGACGUCGAGAGUCGCCAGGUUUUCGCGUUCAAGAGUAUCGUCCGCCGAAUAAGUUUUGGAAGUAUAAGCGAAAAGCUUUCGACAGCCAAGAGCGAGGAUGCCAGUUCCGUGACGCGCGAGAGGCAGCCAAACAACUGCAGUAGUCGACGCGGAGAGAGUGGCAGGCGGCUGCGGCUUCGUCGAUGCACUUUCGCAACUGCGCGCGAGCCACGGCUGCAAAUCCAGUGGACAUGCGAGCCUCCGCUCGCGCGCGGACGAGCAAAACGACAACGAGACCCUGCACGGCGUCGAUAUAACGCUUCGCUGGCGAUCGCGAUCAUCCCUCAUCGACGUCGAGCGAGGAUGAUGUCUAUUGCGUUGGUCGAUCUGGCGAACGUAGCGCGUAGAGCGAAGAGAGAGAGAGAGAGAGAGAGAGAGAGAGAGAGAGAGAGAGAGAGAGAGAUGCCGGUGCGCGCUGCUGCUCGCAUUCACUGCGCCUGCGCCGCUUUCUCUCUACUUCGGUCCAGGACUCUAGGACUCCAUGUUCCCGGUGGACUGACUGCUCGCUCGAUCCGAUACGUCCGACACUUCGUCCGCCCGCGAAACGCGCGAACGCACCUCCGAUCCCAAGCUCUUGCUCCAAAGGAUAGAGAAAGUCGGCGGCGCUCCUCGAGCGAGAGAGAUCUUGCUCUGCGCGCGCGUGUCAUUGUGUGCGUGUGCGUGCGCGUGCAAGAGAGAUAGAGAGAAAAAUCCGAUAGCUGCCACCCUCCCCCCUCCCCGCCUUGCGCGGCGUUGGCGUCACGACGAGCGCGACCAGGGGGCGUCGCUGCGGCGCACAGGCGAAGCUUCGGCGCUGCGCUAGUCGGCAGCCGAGCGCCGUAUGGAGGAGCAGCGCGGCGCGCCAGCAGCUCGCUCCUGGCGGCGUGUUGCGUGCAGCAGCAGUCUUUGCACUUCUGCCUCUCUCUCCGCAUGUUAUCGUGCUGCUACACUUGGUGAGACGGAGAGAGAGAGAGAGAAAAAGAGAAAGAGCGGUCGUUGCACUCGUUCGUUGUUCGCGCUGUAGCUGUGCGUGCACGUGUGUGUGAGUGUGGCUGAGGCGAAGCCAUGACGUACGGGACGUCUUUCAACCAUGCCAGCAGCUUCGACAAGGAACGCGGCGGUGGACUCGCGAGGCCCUGCAACGCAUCAGCGGAGGACGCUGGCCCAACCCCCAACGGCAUAUCGGCGACAGCCGGCAACGGCGGCAGACUGAGGGCCAAACUGACAUGUCCGGCGAUGCUGUCGCGGCUGCGUGUGGAGAAGAUCGAGGGUGGCCUCAUGGUCGCGGGCGUCGUCGUCGCGGCCAACUGUCAGCUCGCCCUGCCCGCCUUUGGCUUUCUCUUCGUCCUCGUCGGCGCCGUUCUCACCGCGGCGUCGUACAGAGGUCCAGGCGAGGACGAGGACAAGGACUCGUACGCGGCGCGGAUCGCCUUCACGGGCAACUCCAGGGUCCUCGGGCCGAUCUGCAUAUGCGUGGGCGCGCUGAUGCUGGCCCUCGGUGCUCUUCUGUGCGCCCUCACCAGGCGAGCGAGGCGACGCGAGAGGCGCGUCGGAUUCCACUGUCCGCUGCACGGCGACUUCUAUCCGCUCAGUCCUGCUCACGGAGCCAAGAUGAUGGGUAAACACGCCAACGGCUGGACCAAGAUCCCGUGUCUGCGCGGCGCCCGAGGCUCGCCGCAGCGGACGGCCGGCGGCAAGCUGGCCAACCCACGCCUGGGCCCGCCGCAGUGCCCGCACUCGGCGCUGAGCAGCACUAGGAGCUCGCUGAGCAGUUCGCCAUUGAGUCCGUGCCCGACGCCCAUGCCGUUCCUCGUCACCUCGGGAUCCAUGAGCAGCGGUAUGCAGAUUGGCGCGGGUGGCAACCUCUCGCCCGACCAGACCUUCGGCUCCAUCAGGUCGCUGUCCGUCAGCAGGGAGGUGGCGAGCUUCCCGCUGUCGAGAACGCCUACACCGCCCACCCAGCACAGGCCGCUGUCUGGUAGCCUGCCCAAGCUGAGCGAAGAGGCGAUAUCGUCGUCCGACCCGAGCAGCCCGACCAAGCCGGAGGCGAACGCCGUGCCGGCGCCGCAGCGCAAGUCCGUCAGCAUAGUCCUUCCGGACGAGCCGCUCGGAUGACAGGCCUCCCGCGCCUCGAGCCCACGGCACCAGCAGUGCAAUGUCGUCGAAUCAACCGGAGCGAGAGAGAAAGAAAGCCUACCGAAGUGAACGUUUCCAGUGCGUGUGCGUGCGUCAGUCCCCCUCCCCCCGCCCCCCACACACACACCACCAUUCCUCCGCCGAUGUGCGACAGAGAAACCGCGCGGAAGAGAAGGAGAAAACCGCGGGCCUGAACACUGUUUACUCGUAAGGAGUCCUAGUCUUGUACAUAUGCGCGUGCGAGCAGAUCGAGUGGAAAGGCAAACGAGGAAAAAGAGUUCUGCGUUGAUCGUUGCUCCGUCGUCGAAACGUCGCGUUUGCCGAGGGAGCUGGCGAGCGCGAAGCUCGCAUCAACGGGUAAGUCGGACAAUACGUUGUAUUAAUUGUAUGCGCGCGCGCGAUCCGUUGGCCGUUCGCAUUUCCUAGAGCGCGUUUUCGUAGCCAAAUCUCGCCUCUGCGUGCGUAAUAAUACUCGUGCCAAAAGCCAGCCGUCUGACAUUGCGGGGACGCUCGUCCCGUCGGCUGGCGGGGGGAUUCGUCGGCUGUUAGCGCGACGCGCUCGAUCGGUUCACCGGCUAACGGGAGCGCCCGUCGCCGCUACGCUUCGGACAAGUCGCUCUCCCCAGCGAAAUCAAGUAUUCCUCAUCCGCGAUUAGGCGAGGGAGCACGCGCGGACGGUUGCCAAACGAGCGCGGGCUUUCGAGGCGCGUCGCGUUGUACUCCGGAGUGAGUUUGCCUCCGCGGCCGGAAUGUGUCCGAAAGCGGCUCUUUCGUAAACGCCAAUUAUCAGUAUGAGCGUAUGGCUCGGAACAAACGACGAGGCGCACCUUGCACAGUUCUCCGAUACAUCGCCGCUCGUUUCUAAAAUUACGCAACAUUGACAAUGUCUAAACUUCAAUUAUUGCCAGCAUAUUAGUUCAAGUCUAUAUAUCUUGCGAAGGUUAAGCUACGAUUUCCAGUCUUUAAGAGCUACAGUCAUUUUACGAAUAAUCAAAACUAUACGAGUACGCAGCUGAAGGAUAAAACCAUGUUUCGUUUGGUAAGGUUCACAGAACAAACGCCCCCAGGCGCGAAUGAAGCGACGUCCAAGUUUUCCUAGACGAUUUAUUACAUAUACAGAACUGCCCGAGCAUAGAUUUUCGUUGUUACACGGCUAGAAGACGUAGAGCAGAGUAUGCAGUUUUAACAAUUAAUAACACAACGUUAAGAAGAAGACAACAGUAAACUAAUGUUUUACGAUACACGGCACAUUCCUACGGGUUCUCAGCAUCUGAGUACCGUUGCGCAAAGCGACACCACUCUAUAUCGAUCUAGUUAUUUAUUCGUUUUCGCCAAGGCCUCGAACUAAAGCGAUUGGGUGCGACAAAUUAUCCGAUGGUCUAACCAAUGUUUUUUAUGGAAUUUUAUAAAAAAGAAAAAAAAGAAACCGAGAAUUUUACCGCACAACGCGAAAAUCACGCUUUUCCAUGAGCACGCUUCCCGCGAAUCUACAAGAAAGCACCGUACACCGUCACCUGCCACAAUCGACGACAUAAGUAUGAGCAUUCAAUGGUUUCCAUCUCGAUGGAAUUCUCAGGCCUCCCUGGUCCGCGAUAUCGUUUCUCUUUUGUUCCUUCUGCGCGAUCACACGUGAGAUUUGGAACCGGACAACAAUCUUCAUCCGAAAAGAAAAGCAACUCGCGUUCGAGACUAACGAUAUCUUUUUUCGAGUAUCCAGAUGCAACUUCAUGUAAUAAUCGAAGGAAUAUCAACAAGGCCGGCGAGUGCAUACUUUAACGAAUAUGUAGUUAUAUUACUAGGUAAUCGGCCGUCCGUAUAUAUAUACACACACACACACAUACACACACACAUAUGUAUGUAUGUAUAUGUAUACGUAUUGACAUAUAUACAUUACAUUAUGUGUGUCUAUCAAAUCGCGCAAUUCAAUCAUCGAGGCAACAAAUGCCUUUGUAUUCUGUUGUUUCCGCACUCUCGGAGAAUCUGUUCAUCUUAGCUCUAGGCUUUAUCGAUAGUGCACUAACUAUAAAAUCGCAUUUGCCUUGCAUUACUCAUGAAAAACGGAUCAGCCAUCGACGGAACAGAGAGAUACAAUUUUCAUGAAUGACACUUGUAACCAAAACCGCAAAGUCAUCACUAAUAAUCGCUCGAGUACUCUGUAUGACUAAAAGAUAUGUUACACUGAAAAAUUUUUUGAAUAUAUAGCCGUUGAUAUUAUGAUACUUUUUGUUUAAAAAAGUCAAGAAAUACUGUGUAAACCUAGCAUGUAAGCACGUAAUUACUACUUUCGUAUAUGUGGAAGAUUUUUCAGUGUGCAUCCAACUUCGUAGGAGAUACCUUGCAAAACGUUCACACUGUUAUUUAUUAUUUUCAUUAUUACUAUUAUUAUUUUUACUGAGAUAUAUGCGAUAUUAUAUAUAGUUUGUGAUAUUAGCCAUAACUAUACAUAAUUAUUAUAGUUUAAGAUUUUUUUCCAGUGAUAUAUGAAUUUUAUAUUUCUAUGUUAUAAAAUUAUAAUAAUGCGGGAAAAAUGUUUUAAAAAUAAUUUGUUCAAGAGAUACAAAUUUUAUUGAAAAUAGUUUAUCAAAAUUUUUAUCAGAUAGGUUGGUGUACAAAAAAAAAAUAUUUGAAAAAAGUAAAGACUGUUUACUUUUUGACGUGAUUCACAAUUUUUAAAACAUUUUAAUAUUUUGCGUUGACUAUAUGAAACCCACAUGAUUUUCAAUAUUCUACGCUAUUUUUUGUAAGCAAUAAAUUGUUACUUUGUUGACACGAUAUACAUCGAUCAUCAUAUUUAUUAUGGCAUUUCAAUGAAUUUUGUAUCUGCAUGCUUAUGAAAAAAAGAAUCGCUUACUUCAUAGCCAUAAACGAACAAAAAAAAAACGAAAUAUCGCUUCGAUUGUAUAACGUACGUAUUCGAAACUCAUACUACAUAAUCUAAAAAAGUCCCAAUUUUUCUGAUAUUAUAACGAUAAUUAUUACUUUACUAUAUCAAGACAGAAGUGUUACGUGAUGAGUGUGAGAGAUAAUUAAUGACACUAGUGAUCGAUUACAAUAAUAAAUACAAUUACUUUAUCUGCGAGAUCUGAUUUUCCAAAUUAGCGCUUCGAAACCAAAAUUGAGAGUAAGAGCGAGAGAGAGAGAGAGAGAGAGAGAGAGAGAGAGAGAAUAAAAAAAUGAUCUAAUAAAGACUCGAUAAUGUGCGACAAGACAGUAUUUGUUAUCUAAAAAUAAAAGGAUCUGUGCUAUCGACAAUUCGUACGAUAUUUAUACCGACCUGUAUAUUUUGUUCACAUAAAUCAUAAUAAAUCUUUAAAUAAAAUUAA